GGCCCGCCGGCCCCUGCGCGCGCUGUCAACAGUCAUUAGCGCGCGGGACGCGCCCCUCCCCCUCGGCCCCCCAGCCCGGGGUGGGGCCCGCACCUGGGGCCCCCUGCUCGUUAGCGCACCCGCGCCUCCAGCUUAGGUCCGGAGGGACCUGUCGGGCUCAGAGCCUCCUCCUUCUACCUAGAACCCAUUCAGAGGUCCGGUCCCCGAGGGAGGCGGGACCCCAGAGUCUCAGAGGGCGCCCCUCCUGCAGUGGUGACGACAGCGGUCAUUUAUGAAUGUCUCAAGAGGGCAGGCGUGUUUGUGCUUCGUUCGGGCUUCCCGCAGCCCUCCGCCGGUGAGGUGGUGAAAGCCAUGGCGCACUUGGUGUCAUUUCGCGCUUGAGGAAACUGAGGCGCAGCCCCUCCUCGUCUGAGGGCAGGGCUGGAUUGUCUUCUGGCUCUGACUCGCUUCUAGGAACACCCUUAUUGCUCAGAUCAGGCCGGUCCCUGACCCUGCAGUAUCUCCCAAGGGAGGCUUCAUCCCCGCCUGGCACUUCCUUCCCCCGCCCUUCUCUUUCCCAAAAGGGUUGCCUUAGCCCGCCGCACUCCCUCCCUCCCUUCCCUACCCUGCCAGGAACCCCAGAGUUAAAGCCAAAAGAAAGAAAAAAAGAAGAGCAGAAAAGGAAAAGGCUCCUGGGAGCAGCUUGAAGGAUGUGGCACCUCGCUGUGGCUUCGGGGUCCGUCCCAGGCACUUUCUCUGUGGGCCCGGGCGUGCAUGUUGGUCCUCGGCGUGAUUUGAAAGAAGAUAGAGGUUCAGCGAAGCAGAAAGGAGGUCUUGGAAUAUGUGAGGCUGUUCCAGAUGGCAGGGGGCAGAUGGCCUGUCGGAGCCCGAGGGCAUCUCUCUGAAGCGGGUUGCUGUGGUGGAAGAUUUCUUUGACAUCAUCUACUCGAUGCACGUGGAGAGCUCCGCAGAGCCAGGCAAAGCCCCCAAGCACGCUGGGCAGAAGAAAACCUACCGAGCGAUCGCGGAGACCUACGCCUUCCUCCCCAGAGAGGCUGUGACUCGGUUCCUCAUGAGCUGCACGGAAUGUCAGAAGAGGAUGCACUUUAACUCCAGCGGCCCGGAGCCCAAAGAGAAUGAGCCUCCGUCUCCUCUGGUGUCUGGCAUUAUCGACUACAACAUGCCCCUCACCUCCACCUACUUGAAGCAGAUGAAGCUACGAGUGAUGAACUCUCAGGAGCAGGAUGAAACUUCUGUGAGCAGUGAAGACUUUGAUAUGAAUGACUCCACAUGGAUGUCAGCUGACCCCCACCUGGCCUCCAACCUGAGCCCCAGCCAGGAGGAGAGGAUGCGGAGCCCGCAGAACCUCCAUAGCCAAGAGGACGACGACUCCUCCUCUGAGAGUGGCAGCGGCAAUGGCUCAUCUACCCUGAACCCGUCCACUUCAAGCAGCACACAGGGCGAUCCUGCCUUCCCUGAGAUGAAUGGUAACGGUGCUGCAGCCCCCAUGGACUUCACUGCUGCCGCUGAGGAUCAGCCGAUCAACUUGUGUGAUAAGCUGCCACCGGGCACAGCGCUGGGCACCCCGUCCUACCCCUCUGAUGGCUGCAGCACUGACGGGCUGCGGAGCCGCGUCAAGUAUGGGGUAAAGAGCACUCCUGAGUCUCCCCCCUACAGCUCUGGGAGCUAUGAUUCCAUCAAGACUGAAGUCAGUGGCUGUCCUGAGGACCUGACAGUGGGCCGGGCCCCUGCAGCCGAUGAUGACGAUGAUGACCAUGAUGACCAUGAGGACAAUGACAAGAUGAAUGACUCAGAGGGCAUGGACCCUGAGCGACUCAAGGCCUUCAAUAUGUUUGUGCGGCUGUUUGUGGAUGAGAACCUGGACCGCAUGGUGCCCAUCUCCAAGCAGCCCAAGGAGAAGAUCCAGGCCAUCAUUGAGUCAUGUAGCCGGCAGUUUCCCGAGUUCCAGGAGCGGGCCCGUAAGCGCAUCCGCACAUACCUCAAGUCCUGUCGUCGUAUGAAGAAGAAUGGCAUGGAGAUGACCAGACCCACUCCUCCUCACCUGACCUCAGCCAUGGCAGAAAACAUCCUCGCAGCUGCCUGUGAGAGCGAGACCAGAAAAGCAGCUAAGAGGAUGCGCCUGGAGAUCUACCAGUCCUCACAAGAUGAACCCAUAGCCCUGGAUAAGCAGCACUCUCGGGACUCUGCAGCCAUCACCCAUUCCACCUACUCACUGCCAGCCUCUGCCUACUCCCAGGACCCUGUGUAUGUCAACGGUGGCCUCAACUACAGCUACCGUGGCUACGGCUCCUUGAGCAGCAACCUGCAGCCCUCUGCUUCCCUCCAGACAGGAAAUCACAGUAACGGGCCCACAGACCUCAGCAUGAAAGGUGGGGCCUCUACCCCCACCCCCCCCACGCCCACCCCUUCCAGCAACAGCACCAGCAGGACCAUGCCCACGGCUCAGCUCAGCCCCACGGAGAUCAGCGCUGUGCGGCAGCUCAUUGCCGGCUACCGAGAGUCUGCAGCCUUCCUGCUGCGUUCUGCGGAUGAACUGGAAAACCUCAUUUUACAGCAGAACUGACCCCACUGGCCCCCAGAAUGCACGACGCCGACGCCAGGGAAGGAGGCUGUCCCAGCCUGGACCCAGCUUCCUGCCUCACCAGUUGGUACAUUGUUUUCUGAGAGAGGUGGGAUCCAAAAGAGCUGUUUCUAGCCACACUCCGAGCAUCUGAGACUUUGGGCACAAGGACACUUUUUUUUUUUUUUUUUUUUUUUUGAAUUUCACCACACGGGUGCUCUGACCUGCUUGGAAAGAGGCCAAUGGGGCAGCUCUAAAAGGGUUGGGGCUCCCCUGACAAGGCACAGGGGCUGCAGCUCUAUUUAGAAUCACCUUCAUGGACCCUGAUGUUAGAACCCCCAUCCCAAUAAUUACCUUUGAAGUCUUAGGUGAGCAGAAUUGCAUAUUUAUUGAGAAGAGCAAACGUGGACCCUUUCUUCCUCUCCCCUUAGUAAUUUAUUUUUCUGAAAUGGAUUCUUUUGUGUUUGUACAGAUUGCCAGUCUUUGUCUGUAUGAUCAGAAGGAUGUAUCCCUGUACCUAACAUUCCAUAUCACUACACUGACGUGGGCUGGGGGCCAGCAGAGUAGGCCCAGCACACCCUUGGGAAGGCCACCACACUCCACUAGGCUGUCUUGUCGCACAUCCCAGUGCUGCCACAGGGAUACUGCCAGGCACUGGCAAACAGGAGGACCUCACCCACACCCACUGCAAACAGAAGCACCACCCACCCUCCAGAGUUCCGUCACACGGUCACCUGUAUUCUACCUCACACUCCAGCGUGGGCUUUUCCAGGAUGUGCUCCAAGCGUGUUCUGAAUGACUGUCUCCCCAACUCUUUAUCUAGCUGCUGGGGGUUAAAUCAGACCUAGUGUCCAAGAGCCAGAGCCCAGAGGGGCUUGGCCCUUAAAACCAGCAGCUUGCCAUUGCCUGGCUCUUGUAGAUGCUUGACAGGAUACAGUGCUGGGAGCUGGUCAAGGACCCAGGUCUGAUGAACACAGGCCCCGGUCUCAGAUAACCUGCUGGAAGGGCCACUUCUUCAGGGCCAGCUCCCUUUGUCAGGCCUGUGUGCCCCAGGGUGGACUAAGGCUUCCACCUCUCACCUCACGAUGGGAGUAAAGGGAUCAGAUCGUUGAUGGAAGUGGGGAAAGGCCUGUCCUAUAAGAAACCCAGUCCCUGGAGUGUGACAAGGGACAAGAAAAAGCUGACCUGGUUUCUUUCCUUCCUGAUAGGCACUUCCUCUUGCUCUGUGCAAUACCUACCAGUGCUGCUAAAACCAGGGAUUCACCCAGACCUCAGCAGGCCAAGGGGCCUCUCCCUCAACACUCCGUAGCCAUGACAGCAGCACUCUGCUGCCUGCCCCUGCCCAGAGCUGGCAGAAGCCCUGUUGCCUUUCCUCCCUCAGAGCAAGGAGGCCUCAGGGGAGCCAGGGCUGAGUGGCCACUAGGAUAACCAGAGAGCCACUCUCGAUCCCAGAGCAGGUGCCCCUUCCCAAACUGGUUUAUGGCAGGGACUGCUUGUGGGCAGCCUGACAGACCACCCCUCAAACAGGUGGGCAGGCAGGGCUCCCCACCCUGCACACUUCCACCCUGGGCUUAAAUGUGGUCUCUCAUGUGGCCUCCAAUGCCUACCCAGCCACACCACCUCUGCCUUCAUGUGCCCGCUCACCAACCAGGCCUCUGGACUGGGCCAGGACACCUGAGCCCCCUUCGUACAGCACAAGCUCCAGUGCCCAGGGCCUCCCCACAGCUGGCCGACCAUGUGCCCAGUUCCCCACCUGCUCAGUAGGACUCCUAGAUGUUUGAAUCUGUGUAAAUAUUUAUUUUUGUGUGUGAAUACUACAAAGUAAUCAGAUCUUUUGCAAAAUGUUACCCCCGGCAAUUUGUGAAAAUAUUAAUGUAAAAGUUGGCAGAGACAAUCGCCGCCCUAGAAUUUCUGGUAUCAAUUGCUUACCAUGUUAUUUCUGCUCCUAGAGGCAGUACCCAGGCUAGACACAAAUGGUUUGCAUUUUUGGAAGACGAAAGAAGACACUAGGCAGGAAAUCCCCCCUCCACCCCUAUGGGACACAUCUGUAAGAGCGAGCAUAAUCGACAUCUAAGGGAUGUUUCCUAAGUGCAGGCAGGCAGUCUCGAUCAGCCACCGGCAGCCUGCUCCCAGAGUACAGUGUGAGCAUAGGUUCCAUGUUUUCAAGAGCAACAGACCCAAUGGCAGUGCUGAUGGCUUCCAGAGGGACUGCAGGACAGUGGAAUCUACCAUGCUGACCUGAACUUCCUCCCAGGGAAGCUGUCCCCAAAGCCUCAGAGACAGCCAUUUCCAGGAGCAAGAUAGUGUGGGGACAGGAUUCCAUUACCUAGUUCAAUCAGGGGACUUGUUCUGUUUUGCUUUUGUUUUGAAAGAUGCAGCUUCAAGCCUUCCCCUCCUGACUUGGGCCUGCCUUUUCCCAGGGGGAGCUCCUCAGAGCCCUGCCCUACAGCCACUUCAGGCUGAUGGAAGGCUCAGGGCACAAAGUCAUCAUUGGUGAACUCAAGUUCAUUGGAAAUGCCAGUGUAGGAUACACCAAUCUCAGAGUCCUUGCAGGGCAGAUGCCUGCAGGUGUCAAGAAAUGGUGGAUGACCUGUUAGACCAGUGGUAGUGUACAUGACCCAUCUGAAAGGGGUAUUCUCUCACCACUCAACAAAAGGACAGUUUAUUCCCAAGGAUGGUGUUGGGGAGGGGCAGGCAGUCUAGGAGGGUAUUAGAGGACUUGGAACAGAUGGAACCCAUCUGUCCCUCCCUAUUCUCAAGGGCCACAUAUGACUCCCCAGGUGGUUAUAGGAUUAACUACCAGUUCAUUCUCAAAAUGCUGCUUUGAACUCAGAGGGUUGAUACUUUUAAUUUGUAAUUUUUUGUAAAACUUUUUACAAGAUAGUAAAGUAUUUCACCAGAAUACCAGUUUCAAUCCGUCCGUGGUCUGAUUUUUAUAUAAUUUAGUGGUGCUUUAGAAACUUUGUUUUGUUGUUUCUGAGCUCAACAGCUCGAUCCUCUCUUGCCUGUAUCUACCUAAGACCAAUGUGAACCUUUGUAUUUUGCUCCUAAUUUUGGACUCAGUGGAAGUGUACUGUUUACAUGUACAGACGCCCCAUCCCUGUGUGUUCUGCAAGACGCGCGCUCGAGGAGGAAGAUGCACCUCACUAGCUCAUCUGCUUAGCAUAGCCACAAAGCAAAACCUCUCACUUUGUACCCGUUUCCACCUAAAAACAAAAACCUACACCACCUGGAACUCAGAUUUGCCAACACACUCUGCCUGGUGGACGCCCUGUGCCUCUCAUGUGUUCACUGACGAGAGGAAAUCAAGAUAGCUCCUCUUGUCUGCUGGGUGGGGGAUAGCACAUAGAGGAGGCUGUAAGGAAGGACUGCACUGCCCAGCUCUGGGAGGAAGUUCUCUGGACAGCAGGCAAUAGGAAGAAGGUCAAGAGGACUCAUGGGGCCCUUGGGAGCAAGCCAGGCAGGAUUUAGGGACAACACAAGAGGUCAUCAAUCUGCUGGCAUAACUGAGACACAUUUUGGAAGAGCAAGAGUUCCAUGUCAGGUGAGACUGUGACUUUCAGUGCAGAUGGUACAAGCACUUCUUCAGGGUUCCCACCACCUCUGGGGAGGGUCAGGGGCUCCAGACAGUAAGCAUAAGGCACUUACCGAAAGCAGUGGAUGGCACCAACUUUUAAAGGUGACUUUAUUCAUCAAUGGUUUCACCGCUAAAUUAUAUUUUUACAGAUAUGCACCUAUGCAACUUAAUGUGGCUCUUCUAAGCAGGUGAGGACCUCCUCCUCAAUGCUCUAUAAAGUGUUUGUGUUCUGUAGUUUCCCAGUAAACGUGGCUAAAUACUUUAAUUCUUAGGAUGUGUCUUUCUACGUGAUGCGGCUACUAAAUUCUGUUUUGUUUGUGGAAUGACUAGCACAGGCCAACGCCCUCUUUCCCUCACUUACCAGAAGACCAAUGAGCUGUUAAUGAGCGGUUAUCUCCAUGGUAUUACUGCUAAAUGCACUGAUGUCAUAAGUAUGUGGAAUCCUUUUCCUUUUGAAACUGUAUAUCAUAUACCAGACUGAAUCUACUUAAUAAACACUGAACAACAAACCCAAA